AUGACAAUCAUUGACUCCAUCAUCGAGGACAAGAGAGUCUGGACCACCCUCAUCACAAACACAAAGUAUUUGACAGGUUUGCUUGCUCUGGAUUACACCUUGAAGAAAGUGGGCUCAAAAUACCCAUUGGUGGCAUUGUAUACAGACACUUUAAGCGAAGAAGGUCAUAACGCUCUGGAUGCUAGAGAUAUCCCCAAGUUAAAGAUCCAAUAUCUACUACCUGUCAGGAAUAAAGACUAUUCAAAUGAUCCAAGGUUUUACGAUUGUUGGUCAAAAUUACAACCUUUCUCACUAUAUCAAUUUGAAAAAGUGGUACAAUUGGAUUCUGAUAUGAUUGUUUUGCAGAAUAUGGACGAAUUGUUUGAUGUUGAGUUGAAUGAUACUGACAGGGCUUUUGCAGCGAGCCAUGCUUGUGUUUGUAACCCUUAUAAAUAUGAUCACUAUCCAAAAGAUUGGAUUAAAAAAAAUUGUGCCUUCACAGACUAUUAUAACAAAUUGGAAAACAUUUCAGAUCCUGUAUAUGGUCCUAUCCCAUCCAAGAACCCACUAGAGCUAUGUAAUGGUGGGUUACAAGUUGUCAAACCUAGCAAAGUGUUGUAUGAUAAAAUUGUCAAGGCAUUAGCUGAUAAAGAGUUGGAUUAUGCAUUUGCUGAUCAAUCAUUACUUUCAGAUGUUUUCAAAUCAAAAUGGAUAGGGCUAUCCUAUAUCUAUAACUAUCUAAAGACAUUGAGAAUUAUACAUGACAAUCUAGAAUUUGAAAAAGUUAAAAAUAUUCAUUACAUAUUGACACCUAAACCUUGGGACAUUUCACCAAUUGAUAGAGAUAAUUACAAAGAUGAUACUGAUACAUUUAGAUAUUGGUGGGAUGUCAAUGAUGAACGAUUAGAGGCUGAAUCACAAUUGGGGAUAAAUGAUCAGUUUUAA